UGCCUGCGGCCGUGAGAGAUGACAGGAGUCCGGCUGGUCGUGGUGGGGGCCGGGGUGGUCGGGCUCUCCACCGCCGUCUGCAUCGCGGAGUCGCUGCCUCUCUGCUCCGUCACGCUGUUGGCGCAGCAGUUCAGCCCGGACACCACCAGUGACGGCGCUGCCGGGAUCGCGUUUGCGGCUCCAUUUCCAGAUAUUCCUCUGGAAAGACAACGCCGCUGGUUCAAGGACAGCUUUGACCACCUGCUGGCCAUCGCACAAUCUCAGCACUCUCCGGACGCCGGCGUAAUACUCAGCUCUGGCUGCCAGAUUUUUAAGGAGGUCCCAGCCACCAAGGAGCCAUAUUGGUCCGACUUAGUGAUUGGCUUCAGAGCCAUGACUGACCAUGAACUGAAACGUUUUCCAGACCACAAGUUCGGACAAGCGUUCACUACUGUAAAAUGUGAAUGCUCCAGCUACCUUCCUUGGCUUGAGGAAAGGUUUAGAAAAGCAGGAGGCCAGGUGGAGCAGAGGAGACUCAGCAGUCUCCAGGAGUUAGGCAACAGUUUUGACCUCAUUGUCAACUGCUCCGGUCUCGGCUCCAAAGCGCUGGUGGGAGACGCAGGGGUGUACCCGGUCAGGGGCCAGGUCCUCAAGGUGGAGGCCCCCUGGUUGACGCACUUCAUCAGGGACGGGGACGGGAAGACCUACAUCUACCCCGGCGUCCACAGCGUCACCAUAGGCGGGACGAGACAGGAGGAAGACUGGCGCCUCCAUGUGGACAGAGGAGACACCGCCAGCAUCCUGGAGCGCUGCGGCAGGCUGGAGCCGUCCCUGAAGAAAGCGAAGGUUCUGGCCGAGUGGGUCGGGUUGAGGCCAAGCAGGAGGAACCCCAGGGUGGAGAGGGAGAGGGUGCUCCUGCAGGGCCGCGGCGUGCCGGUCGUUCACAACUACGGCCACGGGGGCUGGGGGGUCACCAUCGCCUGGGGUACGGCUCUGGACGCCCUGGGGCUGGUCAGACAGUGCCUGAAAGAAAUGCCUCAGGCUAAGCUGUAGGCUAAACUAGGAUUUCACUAAAACACGUCUUUACUAGAGACAGAACAUCCUGGCAUCACGUUUAUCACCACAUAAUAUCCCCAUACAUAAAAAAAAAAUAAAUUCGGAAAUUUAGCAGCACCACCCGUCUCUCGUUAAGGUAGCUGACUAACCAGCUUUUUAAAAAAAUAUAAAGCGAAGGACAGCGAAAGGGUGUAACAUUCUGUGCAAUAAAACGAUCGAGAAAUACUUUUUCCUUCCACUAAACCAUCACUGACCUUUCGCCAAACUGUCAACUCACCUUAAUUAUGUGGGCCUUUGUGUCGCAUUAUUAUUGUAUUAAAACGUUAAAAAAAAAAAAAAAAGAUUUUAUGUAAGAUUCCAAUUUAAAAAUAUAUAAAAAUGAGGCAAAAUUAAUGCUUGAAACAUCUGUAAUGAAUAUGUGCCAUUUAUCAAUUUUUUUGAUAAUGUACUAAUUUACUGGGAAAUCAAAACAAUAAUUACUUAGAUAACUUUGUUAAACUGUAGCACAAUGAAUAAUUCUUGCUUCUCUGUUUCCAAUAAAAGCAUUUAGAUUCUGUUAUGCA